CGGCGUCAUGGGCUACCAGUUCAAGCCGGACACGCCGCUGCUCCAGGUGAUCUCACGAGACAGUGUAUUGGUACCAUUUUUCAAUAGAACAACAUUGUUUUCACAUGGCACAUGUCUCUGUGAAUUAUCUGUACAAUGACAAUGUAAUUCCUUGUCCAGCAAGAUAUCCAAGUCUGUCCCCAAUAGAACUUAUGUGGGACCAGCUCAGAUGUCAACUCAAACCCAGUGAAAAUAUCCAGGAUAUCAAGGACCAGUCACAACAUUUACAUGGGGUUGGAGUGACGGAGAGCUGGUGCGACUCUACUCGUCACGACCGGUACGUGCUGUGGACUUGCAGCGUGAGUACUUCAAUGCAUCAGAUGUUGCACGUGGUGAUGUCACUGAGGAGCCUCUGGGACCAGUUCUCAACUCAGACAGCAUGCAUGAUUGAGCCGCUCUGGUAGUCAGCAACUUUUUUAUGCUCAAUGGCUGGUGUUGCAAAGUACAUUGGCAAGAGUAGUGGCAAGCUUCAGAAGAGGACUGAAGAUCCUUG